CGGGUUGACUCCAGCGCGGCGGUCUUAAAGCGGUCCUCAGGUGUGGUAAAAGCAGAUCGGUAAUUAGCCUCGAGGACGGAGAGGAUGGCGGCGAACGGCAGCGCGCAGGAGUUGCUGUCCGUGUGCGGGGAGCGCGGGGACGUGAGCGUGGGGAACAUCAGCGUGGAACUUAUGGAACAGAACACGACCUGCUCCAACAGCUCCGUACUGAACCGACCUGCCACCAGAGCCCGAGAGAUGGACUCCUUCCGCAUUCUGCUCUACUCGCUCAUCUUCCUGCUCAGCGUCUUCGGCAACCUGCUGAUCAUCGUUGUCUUGAUGCUGAACAAACGCAUGCGGACCGUCACCAACUCCUUCCUGCUGUCGCUGGCGGUCAGCGACCUGAUGAUGGCCAUCUUCUGCAUGCCCUUCACGCUCAUCCCAAACAUCCUGGAGGACUUCAUCUUUGGGGCCACAAUGUGCAAGAUAGUCACCUACCUAAUGGGCGUCUCUGUCAGCAUCUCAACGUUCAGCCUGGUGGCCAUCGCCAUCGAGCGGUACAGCGCCAUCUGUAACCCGCUCAAGUCCCGCGCCUGGCAGACCCGCUCCCACGCCUACCGCGUCAUCGCCGCCACCUGGGUGGUGUCGCUGCUCGUCAUGGUGCCCUACCCCGUCUUCAGCGUCCUCAAGUCCUUCCCCAAGGGCAACGGGACGGUGGGGAACAUGUGCCGCCUGGACUGGCCCAGUGAGCAAGCGGAGCAGACCUGGUAUGUUCUGCUGCUGUUUAUUCUGUUCUUCAUCCCGGGCGUGGUGAUGAUUAUAGCCUACGGUCUGAUCUCCAGGGAGCUGUACCGAGGCAUUCAGUUUGAACUGAGCCAGAACAAAGAGACCGCUGGCCAGAAGAAUGGUGUAGGCAGGGCUACGGCAGGGCCAAGUGAGGAUGACGAUGGCUGCUACAUCCAGGUUUCCAAAAAGCCAUCAUUUGCUGUGGAGCUUCCCACCCUCUCGUCCUCAACGACCACCAUCCUGAACAAAGCUGAGCGUGCCCGUAGCAACACCUCCGAGGCUAAGCUGCAAGCCAAGAGGCGAGUCAUCCGCAUGCUGAUGGUGAUCGUAGCUCUCUUCUUCAUCUGCUGGAUGCCCUUGUACUCGGUCAACACCUGGAAGGCCUUCGACCCCAAGUCCGCCGCCAUCGCCCUCACUGGAGCACCCAUCUCUUUCAUCCACCUGCUGUCCUACACGUCGGCCUGUGUCAACCCCAUCAUUUACUGCUUCAUGAACACGCGUUUCCGCAAGGCGCUGCUGUCCACGUUCGCCUGCUGCUGCCGCAACCGCCUUUGCCGCCGGAUCUGGUGGCGCCGGAGGAGAGAGGGGGAAGACGGCAUCAACGCCACCUCCAUGGGCACAUCGAUGGUGACCUCCAUGUCCAAGUUUAGCUACACCACUGUCAGCUCCGUUGGUACCUGCUGAGCCUGAAGGGGAGUGAAGUGGUCGUAUCGGAGGCUGUCAGAAGGCAUCGUUGAGUGCACCAUAUGUUUUUUCAAUCUUCCGUUUGUCAGUCCUCAUCCUAAUAUGCUGUGAGUCACGAGCUGAGUAAUAUCCACGUCCUCAUUUAAAGGCCUCUCUGAAAAGGUCCUGCUCAAAUUCUGUGUGCAUGAUUGCAGAAAGCAAGGCGUGGAAAGUGCCGUUUCAACGUGGUGACAUUCUUUUACCUCUUUUAAUUGGCAGCAACCGCCUUAUUGCAUCCAAAAAGAGAACAUCAAGUGCCUGUGCUCUUGUAGCUUUGUCUGUCAUGAUUUCUUGUUCAUUUGGUGGAAUGAACUUCUCUCGGUUAAAACAAAAGUUACAAACUGUACACAUAAAUAUCGUCUUUAUGUUGUGAAUGUGCCAAUGAAAAAUGUUUUGUCAGAAAAAUUUCUCAUUAUACUUUUAGCUUCUUUUGAGUUCAUUGCUGUGUAACACCAUGAUUUUUUCUGAAAGUCUGCUGUGCCUUACAAAGUAUUAAAACCUCUUGAGCUUUUCCAGCUUCUGUCAACCGCAAACAGCAAUGUAGCAAAACAAACUACCGCACAAUUCUGGACAUUAAGGAAAAAGUACACAUUUUUGUUUUACAAAUAAACAUCUGAAAAGUAGAAAGUACUUUUGUAUUUAUCCCACCAGAUUCAAUGAGUAAUUGAGAUAUAUUGAAAACUGUUCUAGUUUUAUAAACUAACCGUAUUUUAAAUGUCUCUCAGCAACUUUCUCCUUGACCUGUGGCCAUGGCGCUGUUUGUUCAAUAAUGUUCAACUAAGUUUAUAUUUGUAUUAAAUUAUUUAUAGCUAGGAAUACUAGCUUUGGGGCAAUUGGUUGUAUCAGAUUUAAUUUAUGGGUGUCAGUGUGAAGGGGACAAAUACAUUACUGUUACAAUACUGUUGUUCAUAAACAUAUAAAAACCCAAUAAAAUUAAUCAAAAUUAGUGCCUCUAGCAAGACAUAAAGGAAAAAUUCAAGUUUCAGGUGUAAUAUCACCUUUGUAAGGCACUGCAUUGUCAUUCAGUGAAUAAUAUAAUUUAUUGUCUAAAAGAAAUCAUUUGAACUUUCAGAUAUCCAUGAGCGCAACCUAGCUGCCCAGAAUCAUUACGUUGAAAUAACUGAAGGCUACUGUAUGAGCACGAUUCUAUUUGUCUGCUUAAGAAGAACAGCUAAGGAGAAGAGCUAAAGACAGCAUGUAAAUUCAUAAAAGGCAUUUCUACAAAAGGUAGAAUUCAAAUGUUUUGAAUUAUCUGAGUCCAAAAAAGGACCCAGAAUAAGGUUUUCCCUUUGUCAUGUUUCUCAAGCAGGCAAUGCGAGAUGUGUGAUAUGCUAGCAUGUUGUAGGUAUGCAGUGUAUUAUUCCAUUGCAAAUAUCCACAAGGUUUGAAAACUUCAUUUUUCCAAUUUAAAUUUUCUCUGUUACUGUCUUAUCUGAGCAUCAAGCACAGCGUGGAACAGUUUAUCCCAAAGGGUCUUUCAGGCAUUGCAAAGGACAGACUUUAGGUGUGCUAGCAAGAAAGCUACAAAAGGAACAUGUUGCUUUUCCCUAGAAUGGGAGAACGUUACUAUAGGUUGAGAUCGUGUUGGAAAUAAAAAGAAGAAAGAUUGGUGACUAGGAUGUCUUUGCACUGGGUUUUUUAUUUAUUUUACUACAGUUUAUCAUGUUAUUCUGCCAGUUUUAUCUAUACACUCUAUUUUUCACCUGCAGUGCUGCCAGCAUGAUGUAUAUAGAACUACAGUAAAACAUUAAAUCACCUGAUUUAUUCAAUUACAAGAUAAGAACCAGACAUGACUGCCUUUGCUGUAGCAUUAUGCUAGCAGGGCAUGAUCUUCAUAGGCAGAUACAACCUGAUAGGAUCCAAUAGAGCUGUGGCACUAUGGAGUCCAUGGGGUCAAGAUAUUGUGGCCAUGCAGUGUAUAUAAAGUGUCUACUCCCUUUACAGUAAUAUGCCAGGUUUUUGUAAAGAGAAAUGAGAUAACGAUCAAUCAUUUCAAAACCAUGAUAUAAUAAAAUUAUUUGUUGGAGGGGAAAAAUUAGAAUAAAAAGCGCUAUGACUAGUUUCUGUGUUGCCUUUUUUUUUAUCAAACACUCAGUUUUAAUUACUGUUAUUUCUAAUUUUCUCCAUUUAUUGAUAACUAUCUUUACUGUGCAUUUUUUGUACCCUUCUCCUUACUAAUACUUUUGUACAAUUUGGACAUUUUUACCUGAAACUAAGAAAUUACAAAGGAUCAAAAGUCUCAAUAGCUAAACUUUAUUUCUGGUCCAAGUGUGAAUUUAAGUAACCUGAAACUGAAUCAAAUAGAUUCCUCUGAUGGUGUACACACUUAUGAAACCAUGUCUGCUCCUUUCACAUUAAAGGCUGACUUUUUAUAUCCACUGCAUGUGAUGAGAUGAUCACGGAAAGGCUUCCCAUUUUCAAAACAGUUUUGUGGGUUUUAUUCAGUGUGAAGUCCACCUUAACAUCAAACAUGAAGUGCAGGAAGGGAAAUAAAUGUAAACAUGAAAUAUUUGAUGUGGAAAAUGUGUGUGUAUAUGUCCAUGAUUAUGUAGACAAUGGUUGUUUAAUGUUGUGCAACAGUGUUGUUGGUGUGCUAAUGCUGUUGUGUCGACAAGUAAUAAUUUAAUAAAAAUGAAAGCAGAAAAAA